AAGUUUCCUGAUGGGAGGGACUGGUGGUGGAUAGAGCUGACUUUUGCUCUGGUGGGCAGAGCUCAGUAAAACUUUAAUCCACUUGACUGCUGAUGGGUGGGGCUGGGUUCCCUCCCUGUUGGUUGUUUGGCCUGAGGCAACCCAGCACUGGAGCCUGCCUGGGCUCUUUGGUGGGGCUAAUGGCAGACUCUGGGAGGGCUCACACCAAGGAGUACUUCCCAGAACUUCUGCUGCCAGUGUCCUUGUCCCCUUGGUGAGCCACAGCCACCCUCCGCCCCUGCAGGCGACCCUCCAACACUAGCAGUAAACCACUAUUUCCACACCGACAGAUUGCAGGCUGCAGUUCUGUCCGAGUCCUGGGCUCCUCAUGAAUAUGAACUGAAGGGCUCUGACCCAGAAAGUGGUUCUGAGCAGGGUAACAUGGGGUCUUGGAAAUGUGGAAGCUGCCUGAGUAGUCUGCUGAUUCCUCUUGCACUUUGGAGUAUAAUUGUAAACAUAUUAUUGUAUUUCCCCAAUGGGCAAGUUUCCUAUGCAUCCAGCAAUAAACUCACCAACUACGUCUGGUAUUUUGAAGGAAUCUGUUUCUCAGGUAUUAUGAUGCUUAUAGUAGCAGCAAUUCUUCUUGUACUGGAGAAUGAUAACAACUAUAAAUGUUGCCAGAGUGAAAACUGCAGCAAAAAAUACAUGACACUGCUGUCGAUGAUCUUUUCUGCCCUUGGAAUUGCUUUCUCUGGAUACUGCCUGGUCAUAUCUGCUUUGGGCCUGCUUCAGGGCCCUUACUGCCGUACCCUUGAAGGCUGGGAGUACGCCUUUGAAGGCACUGCAGGACGCUUCCUUACAGAUUCUAGCGUAUGGAUUCAGUGCCUGGAACCAGCACAUGUAGUGGAGUGGAACAUCAUCUUAUUUUCUAUUCUCAUAGCUCUCAGUGGGCUUCAAGUGAUUGUCUGCCUCAUCAGAGUAGUCGUUCAGUUGUCCAAGAUACUGUGUGGAACCUAUUCAGUCAUCAUCCAGCCUGGAAUCAUUUGAAUAAGAACAAGAAUGUUUUUCUUUAUCAAGAUAUGGUCAUCUACCUGUGUCUAUUGUUUGGACUUGAGGGCCAUAUUCAGAUGAUGGCUUUUUUCUCCAGUUGGCGUUUAUAUUCUCCUCAUUGGAAGUGCCUUCCAUUUAGAAUUUUUUUCUAAGCUAUAUGUGUCAGGAUCUUCAGAAAUGUUCAUACCCUUUGAUCAAAUAAAUCCAAUUUCUAUAACCUAUACUAUGAAAAUAAAUAAGAAUACAAGAUAAAGCUUUAUGCAGCUACAUAUAUUUGAAAAUUAUUUAAUAUUCUGGAAAAUUAGAAAUACCCAGAGAGUCUAACUUUAGGGGAAGGAUUAAAUAAAACAUGGUUCAUUAGUUGUAA